CUGUUAACUGUUGGUCGUAGUGGAGAGUGGAAACCUCGAAGGUUGGCGAUUUAUCUGCGCAGGAGCGAGAGAGACGAUUUGGGAGAAAAAAGGGAAUUGCCAAUGUCGCUUGUCCUCGUCUAAUGUAAUUCAAUGUUGGACAAAACCUCCCGACGGAGGCCGUGUAACUUGUAAAUAUCGUAACAAAAAUAUACAUAAAAAGUAUACAUAUUAUACACGUGUAUAUACCUAUUUAUUCAUUUAAUUAUUUGUGUGUUUGUAUGAUAAUAUUGUAAAAUUUCGUCCGUUUGUGGAUAAUUGUGAGUGCCGGCUUUGUGUGUACCAGUGGUUCACUUUUUACGCCGUGAAAAUAUUAAUUUAAGCAAAAAUCACUAUUUCUUAUUCUAUUUCUUUUAAUUUAUCAAAAUAUUUCUGAAAUAGUAAAAUUUUCAUUAAUUAAUUUAUUGUAGUGUAUAUAAAUUGGCUAUCUUUCUACAUUGAACAGUUUAUACAAAUUCGACUGUAACUGAUCUUAAACAGAAUAGAUACUGAACUAAAUUUUUAAAAUUUUCAAAUGAAGUGGUUAGGCGCAGGAAAUGUACCUGUUUCCAGCACAAAUAAUACAGUGUUGAAUAACAGUCAUUUACAAGAACAUCAACAACAGUUAAAUGAAAAUGAAUCAAGUGGUGAUAAUGUGUUGCGACAAGUGGUACAGGAAGAACCAAUCGUCAAUUAUGUGUUUGAUUGUGCUUCAGGAGAAUCUCAAGAAUAUGGAAUACAGUCUACACAAAUACAAUCAAAAGUUCCACAGCCUAGAUGGCCAUCAUCUGCUGAAGAUUGUUUCUUAGAACAAAUGCAGGAGAAAUGGAAAUAUUUCUCUGCCAAAAUGUCACAACCACCACCCCAAAUUUCUGAAGUACCCAGUGUACAAUAUCAAUUACAACCAAUAAUAGUAAAAUCAGGAGAAGGUGGUACUGAACAGUAUGUAUUUGGUGCACCUCCUGGAUUGCAUCCUUAUCAACAACAUAUGGCAGAUUUAGCUAGUUCGUCAAUGGCUCAUAAUUCAACUCAUACAAUUAUUUCUACACAACAACAGCAACAACAACAUGCUAUGGAUAUGCACUUGCGAAAUGGAGAAAUUGCGUCUUCAACUAAGAAGUUAUGGGGCGUAGAAGAAGGUAAAGAAGAUGGACCUAAAGGAAUUUUGAACUUGAAUGAUCAUCAUCACCAGAUGUGGAGGGACUCCACGUGGAGUUCAAACAGUGAGUCACGAAGAGGAGCUGGAUUUCCAGUUGGUAAUGAUUCUGCUAAUAUUUUAUCACCCAGAUCAUCUGAGGCAGGAAUUGGCAUGAAAAUGGUCGAGUAUGUCUUAGCAAGUACUCCCAACAAAAUGGAAACAUUAGAACCUAGAAUGAGAGGUUUAGUAAUAAGUGAUGGUGAAACAAUAAAAAAAGAAAAAGAUAAACCUCCUAGUUCGCCAUAUGAUUCUGUAAAUAGUAAUAAAAAAGAAAUUGAAAAUGGAAACUGUUCUGCUGUUGUUCAACAAAAUGGAAUUGUUGUUGUACAAAAUGGUUUGGAUGAAGAUAAAUAUAUAAAUAGACAAGCAUCUCCUAGUGAAGAAGAAAUUAAUAAAAAUGGAAUGAAUGCAGUCUCAGGCAAUCAAGUUGCAAAUGCUGGUUCUAAUAAUGUUGUUGUAAUUGAUAGCCUACACGGUUUACAUCAGGGUCAACUUUUGAAUCAUCAUCAUCAUGGAAUGACAAUGCCUUUACAUCAACAAUUUCAAGUACAGGGGGGUGACCCUCAACAAAUGGAUUUGAAUUCAUAUCAUGCAAGUAAUGCUCAACAACAGCAAGGUGCUAUAGAUACGCAGGGAAAUGUUAUGACUCCAUUUGAUAUACAGCAGUUAUUCCGCAACCAUCAAGCGCAACAGGCAGCCGCAGCAGCAGCCGCCGCCGCUGCUAACCCGGCCGCGGCGGCCGCAGUAGCUGCUCAACAACUGCAGCUCAUUCAGCAACAGCAGCAACAACAAUUCCAUUUACAACAACAACAGCAACUAGCCGCAGCGGCGGCCGGACUCGCUGCAGCGGCAUCGGCACCCGCUGCUACACCAGUGGCGGCUGCAGCAGCCGCGGCUUCUUUCGCGCCACCCGGCACGGCAGCUACUACGCCGUACCUCAUUAACCCUCAGGAACCAUAUGUCAUUGCCGGCUUUAUGGGCUCAGGUCCGACGGUGGUGCCACAGUACUAUGGAGUUCCAUGGGGAAUGUAUCCGGCGGGCAGCAUCAUCCAGCCAGCUGGAGCGGCCGGUGGCCAACCCGGAACGACGACCAACGGCACGAACACGGCUAACCAACAACGCAGGCCAAUGAGUCCGUCGCAGGCCGACGGCACCCAAUACCAAGUGAUACCCGCAUUCUACGACCAAAACGGUUCGCUAGUGAUGACCCGCAAUGGCGGUCAGCUUCGGCUCGUCUCGCCGGCUUCAGUUAUCGUCAACGCGCAGCAAGCAGGUCUCCAACCACAGCCUCAGCAGGCGGUCGGUUCGGCAGCCAACAACUAUUCGACCAACUUGACCUCACUGACAUCCAGCCUUUCGUCGCUGGGGGUCAGCGCAGCAGGAAUGCAUGAUGUCAACGCCAGUCUUGGAUUGAGUUCUGGCAAUGCUGGAAGGCGUGAUUCAUUUGAUCGCAAUACGUCCGCUUUUUCGCCGUCCAUGGACUAUGCUCGUCCUCCCAAGUGGCCUCAGUACGGAGCACUUGCUUCACAGAGUCCUCUCGGCUUGGCAUCUGGUUCACUAACGCCACCGCCAACAAUGGGAUCAGCGUCCAAUUUACAGCUGGGACUGAUGAGUUCAGCAGCCAACAAUGCCAACCGAAGCUUGAUGAACGCUGCACCUGGUGCUGAAACCAUGUCUAAAUUUAGAGCUAGUGAUUAUGCAAUGGGAGGUCUGGCUGCAAAUGGAACUAUGUUCAAUACUGCGGCCAAUCCAAACGCAUCGAGUUCGUUGUUCAACAAGAUGGGAGUUAGAGGAAGCACAUCGUCUCUUGGUGGAUCUUCUAUAACAUUAGAUUCAAAACCAUCAGGUCGAAGCCGUCUAUUGGAAGACUUCAGGAACAAUCGUUACCCCAGUCUCCAAUUACGAGACUUGACCAAUCAUAUUGUCGAGUUUUCUCAAGAUCAACAUGGAUCCAGAUUCAUUCAACAGAAACUGGAAAGAGCUUCUACCCCAGAAAAGCAGUUGGUGUUCUCUGAAAUAUUGGCGGCCGCCUACAGUCUAAUGACAGAUGUGUUUGGUAAUUAUGUCAUUCAAAAGUUCUUUGAAUUUGGGACGCCAGAACAGAAAUCAACUUUAGCACAGAAGGUUAGAGGACAUGUACUACCAUUGGCAUUACAAAUGUAUGGCUGCAGGGUUAUUCAAAAAGCUUUAGAAAGUGUUGGAGGUGAACAACAAGUUGAAAUAGUGAGAGAAUUAGAUGGACACGUCUUAAAAUGUGUUAAAGAUCAAAAUGGUAAUCAUGUGGUGCAAAAAUGUAUUGAGUGUGUGGAUCCUCAUGCAUUACAGUUUAUUAUAAAUGCUUUCCAAGGACAAGUCUUAACUUUAUCCACGCACCCAUAUGGAUGUAGAGUCAUUCAACGCAUACUGGAACAUUGUACACCUGAACAGACUGCACCUAUACUUGACGAAAUGCAUCAGCAUGUUGAACAAUUAAUUCAGGACCAAUAUGGCAACUAUGUCAUUCAACAUGUAUUAGAACACGGUAAACAAGAGGAUAAAUCUAAAUUGAUAUGUUCUGUUCGUGGUAAAGUUCUGACAUUGUCGCAACAUAAAUUUGCAUCCAAUGUUGUAGAAAAAUGUGUUACACAUGCCACUCGUAGUGAACGAUCUAUGUUAAUUGAAGAAGUUUGCGGAUUUAAUGAUAAUGCUUUACAUGUUAUGAUGAAAGAUCAGUAUGCUAAUUAUGUGGUACAGAAAAUGUUGGAUGUUUGUGAAUCUUCACAACGCAAAAUUUUGAUGCACAAAAUCCGUCCACAUUUUGCUUCACUUCGAAAAUACACUUAUGGUAAACAUAUAAUUUCUAAACUGGAAAAGUACUUUAUGAAGAGUAAUCAACAAUCGGUGCCAGUAUCUGAUUUGGGACCUAUUGGACCACCAACAAAUGGGGUUCUUUAAAUAAUUUUUUUUUUUUUCCACUAAAAUAGUUCAAUUAUUGUAUCCCUUUUAUUAAAUAUUUUGAAUCCAAAUUUCAUUUCUAAUUUUUCUUUUAAAUUAUUACUACUACUACUACUACUAUAUUAUUAUUAUUAUUAUUCAAAGUUAGUGGGUUUAACUUAAUUUUGUUCAUUAAAGAUAUAAAAUAUCCAGUUUAGUUAGGUAAUUAUGUGGCUUUAGAUAUCUUUUUUAUAGAUUUGUUUAAAAACAAAAAAAAAAAAAUUAAUUAAUCUAGCUUGAUAGUGUGGGCUUUGAUAUUAAAAUAUUACACUUUUGAAUACUGUAUUGGCAUAGACAACUACAUUUUUAACUAAGUUCUAAUAUGGUGACGUUUACAAGGUAUGUACAUUGAAAUAGAUAAAAUAUUAUUUAGUAUCCAAAUUGUUAAUAUGACCUCAGCAAAUUUCUUAUACAGCGUUAAUGUAUAAUUUGCUCCUUUUUCAUAUAUGUACAAAAAAAAUUAUAAAUCUUUGGUCAUGUUUUUUUAUUUAAUACUAUUUUUUUAACCGAACACUUAAUAAUUGUGUAUAAUAUUUUGUAUAAUUUUCUUUUUUAAUAUAGAUUUCCUUUAAUUUUAAACAGGGUUUAAUUAGAUUUUGAUAGUGAAGUUUUGUUUGUUUUUCUGUAAUGUAAAAAAGUCAAGUAUCUUUUCUAUAUAAAUAUUACGUCUGUAUACAUAUAUAAAUUGAAAAGUUAUUCAUUCCUGUAAAAUUUUUUUUUGUACGCUGUAUAAAGAAAUUAUAUAAUAUGCACAUAAUUAUUGCUACAAUGCUUGUUUUUAUUUAUAUACAAAUAAUUUAUAUAAAUAUAUAUAUGAUGUAUAAAAUUGCAUAUUUGAAAUAUAAAAUCUAUAAAGCCAUUUCGUUUUUGUGUUGUAUAAAUAUUUUGAAAUCUGUAAUAAACUGUAAAUCAUUCUAGUUUCGGGUAACAUAUAAAUAAAUUAUUAUUUUUAUUAUAUAUUUAUAAAUAUAUAUUUUUUCUUAGUAUUAUUUACAAUAUUCAAAUAAAUGAAGAUAUAAAAUGGUGAUAAAUGUAUAUAAUAUAAAAUAAUGUAUUUUUUUUUUUUUUUUACGAGUAUCAUUUUCAUUUGCAAUGCAUUUUUUUAUUAUUAUUAUGUUAAACUCUAAGUGAGUUUCCCAUAGACACAUAAGUUUAGAAUAUUAUGUUCCUGUUAUAUGUACAUAAUAAAGAAAAAAAUCAUUAGUA